AUGUCCAACAGCGAGCAGACCUUCAUUGCCAUCAAGCCCGAUGGAGUCCAGCGUGGACUCGUCGGCCCCAUCAUCUCCCGCUUCGAGAACCGUGGCUUCAAGCUCGCUGCCCUGAAGAUGACCUCCCCCAGCAAGGAGCUCCUUGAGCAGCACUACGGUGAUCUGUCCAGCAAGCCUUUCUUCCCCGGCCUGCUCGCCUACAUGAUGAGCGGCCCCGUUGUCGCCAUGGUCUGGGAGGGCAAGGACGUCGUCAAGACCGGCCGUACCAUCCUCGGUGCCACCAACCCCCUGGCCUCUGCCCCCGGUACCAUCCGUGGUGACUUCGCCAUCGACAUCGGCCGCAACGUCUGCCACGGCUCCGACAGCGUCGAGAGCGCCAAGAAGGAGAUCUCCCUCUGGUUCCAGCCUCAGGAGGUCCAGACCUACAAGCUCGCCCAGUACGCCUGGCUCUACGAGAAGGAGCAAUAG